GACUCCCUGUCCAGGCUGUUCACCCGCUGUGGGUCUGUCCAGUCUGUGGACAUCUGUGACAAGCCAGAGCCGGGAGAGAAGAAAGAAAAACUGACGUCCAAAUUCUUCAACCGCAAAACUGUAACGGGAUUUCGAGUAGCAUACGUGGUGUUCAGGAAACCAGCUGGAGUCCAGGCAGCCAAGGCCCUGUCACGGGAAGGUCCCUUGCUGAUAUCAACAGAGAGUCACCCCGUGAAAACCGGCGUUAGCAAGUGGAUCGCCAGCUAUGCGGCCUCCGUCGUGGAUCCGGAGGAGCUGAAGGCUGAGGUGGAUGCCUACAUGCAAGACUACGACAAAAAGAUAGCAGAGGAAGAAGCCAAAGCGGCCAAGGAGGAGGGUGUUCCGGAUGAGGAGGGCUGGGUGAAGGUAACGCGAAAGGGCCGGAAGCCUGGCCUGCCCCGGACAGAGGCUGCCAACCUGCGGGUGCUGGAGAGGGAGAAACAGAAACGGGCCCGCAAAGAGCUUCUCAACUUCUAUGCCUGGCAGCAUCGCGAGACCAAGAGAGAGCACAUUGCCCAGUUGAGGAAGAAAUUUGAGGAGGAUAAGCAGAGAAUCGCGCUGAUGCGAGCCCAGCGCAAGUUUCGGCCGUACUAAGCUAUUCCUCAGGUGCCUGUGCUGGAGAGGGCGGGAGAGAUGCCUGUGGACUCCACGUGCCAAAGGAUUCUGAGGAAUUGAGGCAGCCUCAGGUUGUCCCUGUCCUUGGAUCUGAAAUGGGAGAUCCCAGCAGCUGCCGCUGGAGGAGGCGUUUUCCUUUGCUCGCACCUCUGUCCUCCUCCUCUCCCGGCCAUCGUGCCGCCCUGUGGCACCACUUC